AUGCGAGAAGAAGACGUGGAAACUGCGAUUAAAGUCGUGGUUGUUGGCAAUGGUGCAGUCGGGAAGAGCAGCAUGAUACAGAGAUACUGUAAAGGCAUUUUUACCAAAGACUACAAAAAGACAAUCGGGGUGGACUUUUUAGAAAGACAAGUGAGGUAAUUGUAUUUAAUUGCAAUCUGUAUCCUUCGCAUAAUCGGCCUACUUGAAUUAUUCAAACUUCGUUCUAAUUUUCGUUUGGAAUUUUUUGCGGUGUUCUAAUCAUCUUUUAGAAUGUUUUGCUAUGUUCUAAUUUGUUUUGGAAUGUUUUAGUACUAUGUUCUAAUUGGAUUUGGAAUACUAAAAUGUCACAAAUUAGAAGCAAUGGCUUCCAAGCAUGAAGUGAAGCAUUAAAUAUGAAAUUCGCUAAUACAAAGAGUGUUUAUACUGUAACAGCUUGUGUUCAAUAUAAUGUGCAAAGAAUCUCUUAUAAAAUUCCACAUGAAUAACUUAACUAAACCCUUAUUUACUAUUCCAAAUACUGGGCAAUAAACGCUUAAACUACUAGGCUUAGACAUGAUUUAUAGCUGGACAAACUAAACAUAGAUUUGUGGUAUUUUGACCUGAAACUUAUUUCUUUUUCUAACGUGUAAUUUACAAAACAAUAAACUGUGUUUCAUGUAUUGUAGAAUGUGAUAGGAGUGUUGCUUAAUUUACCCCAUACUAAGCUCAAACAAAAAGCACUUUUGAUUUGAUUUAGUCAUGUUAUUAUACAUAAUACAUAAUUAUUAUUGUAACAUGAACUGCUUGCCAAACUACGGGGUGCAAGGGGACCCAUGCUUAUUCAAUCAUGUUAUACACAUGAUUUGCAAAGUACCCAGCCCUUGAAAUAAGUGUCGGUCAUUGACCAGUAAUUUUUUCAGUUUGACCGUCAAAUAUUAUCACUUACUGGACAUGCAUGACUGGUGAAAUUUUUUAUGAAAAAAAUGCAUAGACAAGCAGAUUUUUGUUUCCAACAAUUUCCUGUGUUUAUUUGGGAGAAAAUCAGAUAUCUCACCUGCCAAAGCAGCACACUGUACACCACAGGCAUUGUGCCUAAAACUUAUGCUUGCAACUCAAAAUUCUUUGCCAUUAAAACUUUGUGGCUCAGAUAUGUAUUGUUUUGUCAGUGAAUGUCACGGUAUUUUUGUGUAAAUUGCGUAGUGACCAUAUUUUUCUUGCCAAGAAAAUGGGAAUUUUCUUCACAAUAAAAGAUGACUGUAAGAAGAGUCUGCUAUGACAUUUAAUAAUUCACUGGUCAUGAUGACUGAUAUACCUUCCAGAUUUAUUUCAAGGACUGAAAGUACUGCACACUAAGUUUGACUAUUGUUUUGUUAAUUCUGUGUUAAUUUAUUUUCCGCUAGUAUUGAUUCAGAGGAUGUGAGGUUGAUGUUAUGGGAUACGGCAGGACAAGAGGAGUUUGAUGCUAUCACUAAGGCAUAUUACAGAGGUCAGGACCUCUCAAACAAUUUCUUUGUGUGAUACAGGAUUUUAAACCUAUAAUCUCACAACCUCAUACAAAGACCUGGUUGUCACUCAACUAGUGCUUUGACAUAAAAAUAUUUGUGAGCUGGUCUCAUGACAGAAUACAUGUUUAGAUAACCUGAAUACCAGGCCUAUAUUUUCCUGCCUUAGGCUAAAAGGGAGAAUUUUGUGAUAGGCCUGCAAAGCAAUUGUUAAUUAAACUAAGAAGAUUACGUUAAAUAUAACCAUUACUAAUGGAAACUGUUUUUCAGGUGCCCAAGCGUGCGUGUUGUGUUUUUCAACUGUAGACAGAGAGUCGUAUGAUGCUAUAGAACAGUGGAUAGCUAAGGUAUGACCAUCUUCACACAUUCAUUUCAAUUGUGUUAUUUACAGUAUUAAAUUUGAGAUGGAGUUCAAGUUUAUAUAUCAACUGCCAGGCAUAUCAACUAUGCUGGAGAGAGAGAUUGUUUGAAAUAUUAUUUGAAUUUAUAGGUCUCUGAAGAAUGUGGUACAAUACCUUGUGUUCUUGUACAAAAUAAAAUUGAUCUCAUUGAUGAAGCUGUCGUUCAACCGUAUGUUCAAUAUUUUUUAUUAACCCAUUAAGUUGCAUUUCACCCUAAUGCACCCUUACUUUGUCAUUUACUCUAUCUAAUGCCAGACUAUUUUACUUCAUCUAACAACAGAACAUUUUCCUUGUUAAGGGAGAGACUGGAGAGUGGGCAUCUCAAUGGGUUAAUCUGCCCAUGUGUCUAGUUAACACAUUAGGUUACAUUGCACCCUAAUGCCCUCUACUUAAAUUAUUAUUUUACUCUGUCUAACACCAAAUCAUUUUACUCAUCAAGAAGAGAGGACUGGCUGAUAAUGGGUUAAUGAGUUUAUCUGUCCAUGUGUGAGGGCCCCCUAUACCUCUUCACAAUAUGCUUUCACGUAAAAAUAUUUUGCCUUUUCACGAGUCACGGAUUAAGAAAAUUGUCGAUCACGUUUCACGGCUAAGUAAAAUAAGCGCUUCACGCAAAAAGUAUAGGGGGCCUGAUCACGUUUCACGGCUAAGUAAAAUAAGCCCUUCACGCAAAAAGUAUAGGGGGCCCUCAUGUGUCUAGUUCACCCAUCAAGUUGUAUUGUACCCUAAUGCACCCUGCUGCCAAAGAACACAUCUUUACACAAUCCAAAGUAAAUGUUAAGUUGUGAGACAUAUCCCAAGACUAGAAUUACUGAUAGGAACAGGAGUGUUUAUCCAGCUUUUGUAAUUUUCCAGAGAUGAGGCAGAAACACUCGCUAAGAAAUUGAGGGUAAAGUUUUACAGAACCUCGGUCAAAGAGGAUUUAAAUGUCACAGAAGGUAAGACUGACUGUAGUCCACUUAGAUAUCGAGGAUUCAGAAUUGAUGGCUUUAUUAACAAAUUAACAAAAUAAAUGAAAUUCGAAUUUGAGUAUUUUAGAGUAAUAAUGAAUACAAAUUUGUUUUAUUAACUUUGAUAUAAAUGUUAAGUUGUAAGACAUAUCCCCAAACCAGAAAUUUCAAAGUAACCCUAACCCAGUCCUUUUCAUAGUAAUUUGGAGAAAUGUUGCAAAUUAUGUUAACAAUGACAAAGACAUUAAUUGUUUCAUUAAUAUGUGUCUUCAGUUUUUCAGUAUCUUGCGCGAAAAUAUCUGGAGAAUUUACAAAAUGCCAACACUGAUGAACAACCGAACACGACAAAAAAUCUUGGUAAGUUUGAAAAAAAUUAACAUCUACUUUCUGAGAAAGCGUCUAUUAUAGCUAAUAUUUCAACACAAUUUCUCGUAUUAGAUAUGUUCCAAGGGCAGUCAGCGCAAAGCAAGUCGACAAACGGAAAGAGUAAAAAAGAUCAACAAGACACGAGCGCGAUCAUAACUUUACGUCCAAACAAACAACGAACUCAAGGCAAGAAGAAUAAAUUAUGUCUUUUGUUAUGA